AUGCUUUGGGUCAAUAAAGAUAUAGAAGCGGAGCAAGUGGCUGUAGAAUCCCCGGAUCUGACGGCGGCGGUCAUCCGGCUCCCCGAGCGACUGAUUUUUAUGGCAUCAGCAGUCGCAAAGGUGCGGCGAGACACGGGCGCUGUGGUGGAGGUCAUGGUUGUGGGAGACUUUAACCGCCAUGAUCAACUCUGGGGAGGAGACGAGAUGUCCCUGGGAAGACAGGGCGAAGCGGAUCCAAUCAUUGACCUCAUGAACGAAUUUGCUCUUAGUAGCUUACUCAAACGAGGUACAAAGACAUGGCACGGCGGUGGACAGAGCGGGGACUGCGAGUCGACCAUCGACCUCGUCCUAGCCUCUGAUAAUUUGACAGACUCAAUGAUCAAGUGUGCGAUACAUGGGACAGAGCACGGCUCUGAUCACCGUGCCAUUGAGACUGUGUUCGAUGCACCGUGGUCAGCCCCGAAGCAUCAGGAACGACUUCUGCUGAAGAACGCACCAUGGAAAGAGAUCAAUGCCAGAAUCGCGAGUACUCUGACCGCCACUCCGUCGGGAGGCACGGUGCAGCAGAAGACGGACCGACUCAUGACGGCGGUUAGCGAGGCGGUGCAGGCUUUGACUCAUUUUCCUUUCAACAACAAGACUAGCGUCAUCCAUGUGACGGAUGUUGGAACCUAG